UUGUUUGACUCUUCAUUUCUUAUCAAUAAAGGUCAAUAAACGUAGUGAAGACAUUUAUUUAGGUCGAGUUGAUUAUCUUUUAGGAAAAUUCUUCAAAAAAUUGUUCACAUCAAACUUAACCUUUUGCGGCUGGACAUAUGAACUUUUUUUGGGUUCAAUUCAAUUCCUUUUGCUUAAUGGAAACAAAUUACACUUUAUAAUCUACGAAAGCAGAUUUUGCGUUUUAAAAAUGCGAGGAAUUUCAACACGCAGCUAAGUUUAGACUCUCAGUCUACAAGAGAUCGAUCAGCUCUGACCCUCGAUUCAUAGUUCGCGUGUCAAGAGUGAAUCAACAAAUGUACAACUGUUCCAAUAUGACCAGAGAAGAUUACUCUGGCUUAACAUUCAGCCAAAUACCUGGGUUUAUUAAGUUACCCGUGGGGGGCCUGUGCUAUGCUCAUGUAUACAGAGUGCGCUACUAUCGCUGGUUGGCCGACAUCAAAACUGAAGCACUCUUCAAUGACCUGCUAUUCUGUGCUCCCCUCAACCCACUGCUGGGGGACGAGUCUUCAAUGUUGGGCAAAGUAGAGUUCGAUUCUUCUAGCCCGUCCUUCGACCAAGUGUCUCUCUUCUUCUUUUGUGGGGACUUGCCUGCAGUCAAAGGAGCUGUUUAUGUUUACACUAUCAGCUGCAUUCAGUGUCCACAAACUGAACUGAAGUACACAAUACAGGCUCCACAACCAAAGCAGCUUCUAUCCAGCAACAAAAAAUAUAUUCCUGGGGAGUUGAUUUCUACACAAUUGAACCGCAGCUGCGCCAAUAGAGUGAAAGCACUCGCCCCUAUAAUGACGAAGAUACAGGGAGGUCCUGUGAGCAACCCGACCUUAAUUGACCCCACAAGUUCUCUCAAUUUUGAAGUCACAGCCACCACCAAAUACAGAAUGGACGCUCCACAUUUGAAAAUUGAGGUGACUGGCAUAAUGCCUCCCCAAUAUAUCUACUACUACAUGCUGGUCAAACAGCAGUUCCAGUCCCAGGGCAGCUGGUCAGACCAACUCAGAUUCCACGUCAAUUAUAUCCGUUUGGAGAUCAGCCGCAUCCAGGGAUCCACCGUCAUCUGGCAAGCAUGA